CGUGUGUACCUCCCACCACCCACGCAAGAGCCACUAAUUAAGUGUCUACCUCCCCCAAUUUAUGACACAGAAUCUUAGACAACCGAGAGAACACGCCAAUGCGCCUAUCAAGUUUUCCUCAGAAAACAAUUAUGUGAGUAUUCGCCUUCGCCCUGUCGACCAAGAAAACACUGAAAUUCCAGCGCAGGAUAUAAUUAGCUUGCUCGAGCAGUACGAGAAGCAGCUGGCGAUACAUUAUGAGAUGGCAAGUGGAACAACACCAGAUGUUGAUUCGGUGGCGGUGUUCCAAGAGGCAAGAGCUAGGGCGAUGCGCAAGAAAGACAGCUCUUCCGUUCAGGCAUAUCAAUUUCUCCACCAACUCUAUCGCAUUAGGCUCCGAUUUCAUUACAAAUCCAUUACAUCACCGUUCCUUGCGAAGCAGGACAGCCCCUCGACCAUCGAGCCACCUCUUGAAGUGGAGCGCUCAAGAUUCUGGGCAGUGAUAAUAGGCAUCGACGCGUAUGAUUCGUAUCCAUUGCAAGGCUGUGUAUCCGAUGCCACUUCAAUGGAGAAAUACCUGAAAGAGGACUUGGGCGUGCCGCAAGAACGAAUACAGUUACUUCUUGGUUCUGAACACAGCUCGUCCGAAGAUCCCUCCUUUCCAUCCCGUGUCAAUAUUGUAAACACGCUUCUUGGUCUCAUUGAUAACCCUCAAAUCGAAGUAGGUGAUAAUAUCGUCAUCUACUUUUCGGGGCACGGUUCGGGCUAUUUCUCAGACGCAUCCUUAUACCGCGACGCCGAUUCUGAGGAGGACGAUGGGAGCGCUGUUGAAGUAGAUAGAUCCAUCGAGACCAUCUGCCCCAUUGACAGAGAUACCUUCGAUGCCAGCGGGUUACGAGUCCCUGACAUCAGCGACCGCGAGAUCAACGCCGUCUUCCAACAGAUCUGUCGAAGCAAGGGGCACCGAAUUACUUUUAUCCUCGACUGUUGUCAUUCUGGUGGACACAUUCGGCAUUUCCCUGAGCCUGGUACACGUACUAUUCCCCCACUACCGCGCGCGUCUCUUCAACGCAUGCUCCACAUGGCCGAUGGCAGCCUUGGUCGCUAUCCUACGUACAAAUCGAUUUUGGCGACGGAUUGGCGUCCAGACAUGUCUUCUCAUGUCGUUCUCACUGCGUGCAAGGAAUACCAAACAGCGAGAGAAGUGGAAACAGAAAGGGGGUAUGGAGGGAUUUUCACCCACGCGCUUAUUGGUACCCUUCGAACAGGGAAUCUGAGUGAGGAGUCGACGUAUGUUGAUCUUCUUUUUUCGCUUCCGCGGAAGCGCGGUCAGACUCCUGUUGUUGCUGGGAAGCAUAAGCGUGAGCGCCUCUGGUACAAGGACUAGGUAGGCGAAAUGUAGCUCGCUAUAUUCUCCUCAUUCCAGCUUCCAACGUAUCCCAUUCUUGAGCCUUAAUGUCCGAGAUAUGUUAACUAUCAAUGAUAGGACCCUCUAUCACCAAAAUAUGUAGAUGCCGUUCAGAAUCCAUUUGCUGCAUUCAGUACACG